AUGGUCCUCCCUGGGAGGGGUCAGGAUGCGACCGAGCAGUUAGGUGACAAUAGGACGGCACUCCUCCAUCUAACUGGCGCCGUCCGUCCUCAAAGGAAGAGGUGUAGCUUCUUGGAAGGAACUCCUGUAGUCUCCUUUCUCAUUAUCGCAGUGAUUGAUGCCCUGAUUCGUAGGCAACAGUCCGGUAGAAACUAUCGAGGUUCCUGGACUACUCUCCCGACUGGACUUUCCCUUUAUGCUCCUGGAAAACAGGGGAAUUUACCCCAAAACAGUCCCUGCUUUCUCCCCCAGCGAUACAGAUCUAUAUUCCCAUCCAUCAAUCCACUCCUUUGUCUCUUACAUUUGGACACGGAUGGCUUAGCCUGUCAACUGCCCUUUGAUAUUGUAAGGACCCAAACAGAACUCAUUGUCAUGUUAAACUACCCUCCUGACAGCUACCCUCCUCGGAGUGAUGGAUCGCCCAUAUCGAGGGGGGGGUGCUCCCCGACGUUGUGGAGUACCCAUUGUGCAUCAUUUGCCGGCUAA